GUACACAACAAUUUAAAAACAAGAAUUUUCCUACCGUUCGAUUAAGAUCUUCAAUACAAUUCUACUAAAUCAGCGGCUCACAUUCGUUGACCACGGAUAGCACGUGAACUGAAGCAAAAAAACAACGAACACCUCCAAAUAAAGGAAACGCCAUUGUUUCACAGUCUUUUCUCCUUUCCAUUAUUAGAUCUCGAAACCCUAAAUUUUUUUAGUUUCCGUUUCUGCAAGUUGUAGUUUUUAAGGACUAUACACUGGUGUUUCAUAUGCUGGGAUUUUGAAGUUUGAAUACUUGAACUUUUAAUCAUCUUUUCAAGACCUCUGGAUCGGCGGAAUGGCUAACGUCUCUGCUGACUCGCCGGCUCCUUUUGCAACGGAUGCAGGACCGAAUAAUUCUUCUACGGAAGAUGCACCGUCAAAGCUGUCAUCGUGGACUAGAAAUUUAAAAAUUCCUCAGCCUUUUGCUGCCUCUCAAGAGGAGUCAACACCUACAGGGAAUGCUGGGAAAUCAACUUUUUCUCGGUUUACUAGCGGGCUAGGAUUGCGGUCGCCUUCAAAAUCUACUACUGCAGAUGGUAACGCUGAUGGAGCUUCAACGACAACCCAACCUGGUUUUCUUGGAACAAUUACAAAAGGCAUAGUUGACUCAUCUAAAAAUGCUGUGAAAGCUGUACAGGUCAAGGCUCGGCAUGUUGUUUCACAAAACAAACGGAGAUACCAGGAGGGAGGAUUUGACUUAGAUUUGUCAUACAUCACUGAGAAUAUAAUUGCUAUGGGGUUCCCUGCUGGUGACAUGAGCUCUGGGUUUUUUGGAUAUGUUGAGGGGUUCUAUCGAAAUCACAUGGAAGAAGUGAUUCAGUUUUUUGAAACGCAUCACAAGGACAAGUACAAAGUAUAUAAUCUUUGCUCUGAGAGAUUGUACGAUGCUUCAUUAUUUGAAGGAAAGGUGGCUAGUUUCCCAUUCGAUGACCAUAAUUGCCCCCCAAUUCAAUUGAUACUAUCUUUUUGUCAAAGUGCUUACUCAUGGCUGAAGGAAGAUAUUGAGAAUGUUGUGGUUGUGCACUGUAAAGCUGGGAUGGCAAGGACAGGGUUGAUGAUCUCUAGCCUUCUUCUAUAUUUGAAGUUCUUUCCCACUGCUGAAGAGUCAAUGGGAUAUUACAACCAGAAAAGAUGUGUGGAUGGAAAGGGGCUUGUUCUACCUAGUCAAAUUAGGUAUGUCAAAUACUUUGAGCGCACCUUAACAUACUUCAAUGGUGAAAACCAGCCUGGGCGCAGGUGCAUGCUUCGAGGAUUCCGGCUUCUUCGUUGUCCUUAUUGGAUCAGGCCCUCCAUUACAGUGUCUGAUCAUAACGGUGUUCUCUUCUCGACAAAGAAGCAUACACGUACCAAGGAUCUCUCUCCAGAAGAUUAUUGGUUUAGUGCACCAAAGAAAGGAGUCAUGGUAUUUGCUUUGCCUGGGGAACCUGGUCUGACCGAGUUGGCCGGGGACUUCAAAAUUCAUUUUCAUGAUGGCCAAGGAGAUUUUUACUGUUGGCUAAACACAACAAUGAUGGAAAACAGAAAAAUUCUGAAUACCAGUGAUCUUGAUUGGUUUGACAAGAGGAAAUUACCUUCCCCUGGUUUCCAGGUUGAGGUUGUGCUAGCAGAUUAUAAUGACCCUGUUCCGUCGAACCCACCAACCAAAACUACCACAACUAAGCCAGAUGAAAGUUCAGGCACCAGUGCAGCCCCAUCAAGCAACAAUAACAACAAAGAUGAUGUGUUCUCAGACGGUGAGGAAGAAGAGUCUGCCACAUCAACAAACAGGCAGCAAAAACCAGCUGCCCCCUCAGCCACCACCAAAUCGGAAACGAGUACCAAUCCAGAUCAAGUUACAAGUUUAGUUCAUUCUACUGAAAAAGUUUCUUUAGGAAGUGCAAACUCCAAACAGACACACACUACUAGUAACCCGACAAAAGAUGCCGCUGCUGCUGCUGCCAGCACUGAAGUUUCGAGCUCAGAAAGUGAAUUCAAGGUAAUGGCUGCUGAUACGUCUGUUUUCAGUUUUGGAGAUGAAGAAGACUAUGAAAAUGAGUAAAAACUGGGGGCAGAUUUCAGACUAACAGAUAAAUUGGCUUUGCUGGUUAGUAAUUCUUUCAAACCUUAUAUUCAUUUUAGUUUGUAUCGCCAAUGUCUGGUUUUAGCUUUAUAGUUAACUGCUGUUGUAUGUAUAUCAGAAAAAUGCUGUUACAAUAAUCACUGCAUUAAAAUUUUAAAUUAUCUUUUAUUCAUUUUAAAAUUUUUAAUUCUCAUGAGAAGGAUUUUU